AUGCCUUCGAGAUCAUUUCCGUUGAUCCAGACCCUGCCGGUCCCCAAGGGCGACGAAGCCUGGGAGGCACGACGCAUGCAGAUACUCGUCGACUUCAUAGAGAAAGUACCUCAAGAGUACUACAUCCCUCAGCACUAUGUCGACAACCCCCCUCUCAAUGUCACUGCGAUUCCUCGUGAGUGUGGGAUCCUUACUUCGGAGGAACUGGAGAUCACGGAGAUGUACGACGCCAUGGGGCUCGCCAGUGCUAUCGCAGCUGGCAAAUAUACCUCCCUUGCGGUUGCUACCGCCUUCUGCAAACGCGCCAUCGUCUGCGAUCAAAUCAGUUGCUGCUUAACUCAGUGGUUUCCUGAAAAGGCGUUUGAACAAGCCAGAGCACUCGAUGAGCACUUUGCAAGGACGGGCAAGACCGUGGGGCCCCUCCAUGGCGUACCUGUCAGUAUCAAGCAACACAUCUCCAUUGCAGGUCUUCCAUCCGAUGUCGGCUUUGUCAGCACCACGGUGCAGGAUGAGAACGAUUCUCUCAUGGUUUCGAUCCUUCGAAAACUUGGCGCAGUAUUCUAUGUCAAAACCAAUCAACCCCAGUCGAUCAUGCACCUCGAGACUGACUCGCAUUUCGGCCGCGUGCUGAAUCCGUACAACAUCAACCUCUCCGCCGGUGGAUCCAGUGGAGGAGAAUCCGCUCUCAUCGCGCUGCGUGGUUCGAUUCUCGGUGUCGGAACCGACAUAGGCGGAAGCGUUCGUGGUCCUUCAGGCAAAGUUGGCAUCUAUGGCUUCAAGCCCACGUCGUAUACGCUUCCGAUGCGGGACUUUAUCAACGGCGGCUUCGUCGCAGAGUUGAACAUCUUGUGCUCCACAGGCCCUAUGUGCCAUUCCCUCCGAGAUAUGGAUCUGUUCAUGCGAGAGGUGCUCGGCCACAAGCCAUACCUUAACGACCCUCGCGUUGUGCCGAUACCAUGGACUGGUCUGCAGACCAGCGUCACCGCAUCGCCCCAAACUCGAUUGAAGGUUGGAAUCAUGAUGCAUGAUGGUGUGAUUCAGCCUCAGCCCCCCGUCUAUCGAGCACUCGAAUGGGCCAAGGAACGUCUACAGGCCUCGUCUUCGGUGGAGUUGAAGCCUUAUUCUCCUUACAAAUCCGCCGAAGCCAUAAAAAUGAUUCGAAAGAUGUACUGGCCUGACGGCGGAGAAAUAUUUCGCGCGUCUGCAGAAGCUGCGGGCGAGCCAAUCCAUAUGCUCACCGAGUGGAUCCUCAAGGACGCCGAGAAGAGAGACGCCGCAGGCAUCACCCGCGACCGAGUGCUUCGCGACGCUUUCCGCUGUGCCUUUGCUGAAGAUUGGACCCGGCAAGACGUCGAUGUCGUACUCUGCCCGGUGUACGUGGGACCUGCUCCCGCGCAUGACACGUCCUUCUACUGGAACUAUACCGCGCUCUGGAACUUGGUCGACUAUCCGGGACUGGUGUUCCCCACGCCUAUCAAGGCGGGAGCACAGGGGGUCGAGCAGUAUCCGGAUGAGGGGUCGAAGCCGUGGAACGAUCAGGACGCGUACGUGCGGAAGCUGUGGCGUGAGACGAAUUAUGAGGGAGCGCCGAUCGCGUUGCAGUUGGUCGCGAGAAAGUACCACGAUAAUUUCUUGUUUGGUGCGGCCAAUACGAUCAAGGACGUUUUGGAGCUGGUGUGA